AUGGACUUAGAGCACAAAUACGGAAUGGAUGCAAAGAUAGAACACAAAUAUUUUGAUCUCGUUCGCGAGGAGUACGUUGACGGAAAGAAGAGGACCAUCAGACGGUGUAAGAUAUGUCAGCGAGACUACAAAGGAACAGCCAGUGUAAACAGCAACUUUAUCACUCAUCUCAAGCACGUGCAUCCUGAGCUGUUGCACGAUUGGGCGCGUAAGAAGGCGGAGCGUGCGGAGAAAGCCACCUCCUUCCUGGCUCGACAUCAAGGAACCUCCAUGCUCCCUGCAUAUGGACGGAACUACCUUACUUCCAUCGCAGCUCAGGUGCCUAAAGCAGAGUUCCUGAGUAACCCUCUGAAACACGAGGGCUUGACCCCGACCAGCCUGGCCUCCCUGACUAACAUGGGACAGACAGAUGCAGACAGACAGGUCGCUAUCAUGAGAUCUGUUCUAAACUACCUUGUUAUGGACAUCCAGCCUGCUUCUGUCAUCAACAGGAAGGGGUUCAGGAAUCUCAUCAGAGCUAUGCAUCCUUUCUUUGGGCUACCCACUGCAACUCAAAUCAGAGAUACUCUCAUACCCUCGGCAUACGAGCACGUCAAAGACUCCAUCAUCUCUCAACUAUCCCUGGUACCUGUGGUGAACCUGCAGAUAUCGGUUAUAUCCAACUGCUUUGUUGCCGUCACUGCUUACUACUUAAGUGUAUACUGGGAGUUAAAACAUCAUCUCCUGGCUGUGUACGUGAUAUCGCCUGGAAUGGAGUGGGAGAAUCUUGUAGAGCAGACCAAGCAUGUUUACGGGAUCACGAACAAGAUUUACUACGAGAAGGUCAACAGACUCUCGCUUGAAGACUUCACCAGAAAUUCCAAGUUGGACAGCACCACUAAGGCAGACAAUGAGGCCACGUCUUCGGAUGGCGAGGGAUCUGACCCAGUACAGACUGACUCCAGCUUCGCUUACGUUAUCACCAAGGUUAUCCACCAAGCACUGAACAAUCCCAAGCUGACCCGCCUUCUUGACGAAAGAUGUGCUACUGUGAACCAACAGAGUCAAGAUGGACCACUAUUCACUCCCUUCUGGUUGCAAGUCCUUUCCAAACUCAGAGUGUUCAUCAACAAUAACAAGGAUGUUGUCUCUCUGAAGACAGAAGCUAAUCUGAUGACGACCAGUGUUAACAACAGUAACCACUCGACCACCAUCACUAACUCACUGAGUAAUGGUAUAACCUCUACUCUGAACAGUGGCAUCGCUACCUCCCUCAGCGCCAACAUUAACACCUCCAUCAACAACUCUCUUAACUCCUCUCUCACUAAUGGCAUCAUUACUUCCCUCAGUGGUGGACUUACUUCUCCACUUGCCAAUGCAUUCCCAACUUCUCUUACCAACGGAAUUCCCGCUUCUCUAGCUAACGGGCUCCCAGUCUCUCUAGCUAACGGGCUCCCUACAAACCUGACCAAUGGACUGUCAGGAAGUUUUCCUAGCGUGAUACCAAACAUGAGUCUAGCUAGCAGACUGUCACCUCCUCUAGCAAUGGUUUACCUACUUCUCUCAGCAAUGGUAUCCCAACCUGCCUAGCUAACGGUCUAAGUAACGGCCUCAACACAUCUCUCAACUCAUCUCUCAACUCGUCUCUCAACGGAUUGAAAGGUGGGAUGAAUGGACUGAACUCUACUUUGAACGGACUCACUAGUGGUCUGACUAAAGGUUUGCUGAACGGCUCUUUGAGCAGUCUGAGUCCUCCAAGUAACAUGAACGUCAGCCCAACCAGCAGUAUCUCACCUGGGAAGGAUAUAAAGACAGAGACGGUCCUGAAUUCUCCCUUCUCGGCUCACAACAUCAGUAUCUUACGAGACCUCUCAUUGGCUGUGGAGCUGAUAGACAUUCUGGAGCCCUUUGAAGAGGUAUACAAUCUGAUCUCAAGUGAUACGUCACCAAGUGUUGGAAUAGUAGUACCGAGCAUCCUGUCCCUGGACCAGCUGCUGAGAGAGAUGAAGCCUACUCACUUGGGGGAUGUGGUUGUUAACCUCAAUACUGCCCUCCAGAAACACCUUACUCCCCUCCUGAAACAGAAAUACUAUCAGGAAGCAGCAGCGCUUGAUCCCCGCUUCAAGAUGAAGUGGUGCAGGACCAGUCAGGAAGAGUCCGCUGUCCAGUCUAAGUUGGAGGAACUGGCCCAGGAACUCAGGAUCAGUAACCCAUCUCCUUCCACCAACUAUUACAAGGCCGAUGAGAACGUCAAUGACUCUAAGGCGAACGAACAAGCAACAAAGCGAAGAAAACUGUUUGCAUUUCUAGAGAAGAACGAUUACAAGGACGUCAAACCCAGCAGUGCUCUUCUUGUCGAGUUCAACGAUUUCGUCAGAGACCAGCUUCUGCUAGACUGCGAGUGUCCGUUUAGAUACUGGCAAGAGAAGUGUGGCACGUACCGGUGUCUGGCCCAGUUAGCCUACUACCUGUGCUCUAUACCAGCCUGUCCGCCUCCUGUAGACAAGGUCUUCCUCGAGUGGACAGUGUCCGUGAACUCGUUCCAGCAGUGCAGCUCGCUGCAGGAGCUCGAGAGACUCUUCUUCUUAAACGUGAACUCGUCACUCUGGUGAGCGGAGUCACGGACCCAGUAGCUCUGUCACGUGAUCAGGAUCACGUGACAGUGAGCUGUUCUUCAGAUCACCUCUAAGAGGAUGUGCAAGAUAGUGUGGAAAUGUAGCGCGCGGGUGAGAAGAUAAGAAGAUACCCAGACUGUUAGCUCUAGAGUAGGACUUGUUAUAGAGAUGUAUAUACUGAGAGAUUUAGUAGCCCAGUUGUCAAUACACAGGAUAUUGGGCGGUAUUUUGAUUUUGCCGUUUUUUGGUGGUGUAGGGGGAUGAUGCCCUGCAUCCUCAGAUCAUUAUAAUUAGUGACUUAGUUGUCAACUCUUGUACUCAAUUGGGCAGCCUGUAAAUCGCUGCAUGCACCCCUUCCUCUAGAUAAUUGUAAAAAACAAUACAAUCCGUCACACGUGGAAUACAAGGAAUACAACACGUGCGAUAAAUUAACUUUCCAUUAGUCACGUGCGUUGACAUUAACACGUGGAGUAAGCAAUGUUAGCAAAUAAUUAUUCCCCGCUCAGCCUCUAGCUUUACCGUUGGAAAUCAUAAUGGGCAGUAAGUGAGCACAUGCAACACAUUAGAAAGAGUUUACAAGAGCAUGCCGCAUGCUCUCCUAAAAUACAGGAUAAUGGCCUCCUGGUGCACUCUCCCCCACUACUAGCUAACGCUCUGACUUGAAACUGAGUUUUAGAGAGAAAACUACCGGCCUUAGGUGAAUUAUAGUGAAUAGAGAUAGAGUAUUAGAACUGUAGACAAAUAUAACGGUUAUAUUGAUGGUAUGAAGAUGAAUUUUAUGAUAGAGAUGUUAAAUGAUAGUGUCACAUUUGAAGCUAUUGUUAACAUUGUUGUUGAUCAGAUCUCUUAUAGCUUGUUGUUUGCAAGUUAACGCGUGAACGAUGAUUCAGCUGAUUACCAAUGAUUUUUAUUUAUUGUGAAUUGUGUAUAAUAUUACGAGCCAAAAUUACUAGCGAUUAUUGUGUUGCCGCUAUUUUUAACCAUAGCAAAUAAGCAAA